AUGUGGGCGGCGGUGCCGGCGGCGGCGGCCUGCGACGCGCUGGCUGACGAGGAGGACGCGGUGCCGCUCGGACCAGGCCAGUUGCCGCCACGGAACGCUCAUCUGCCGCCACUGCACGCUGAGAUCAAUAUUAGCAUUAUUAUGAUCAAGGGACAACUGGAACUUGAGGUAUCUCACGCUCGUCGCGUGUAUGGCGUGAAUGGUGAAGUACCGGACUCGUACGUCAAGUGUUACCUGCGCGAUGGGGACAAAUGGCUGCAUAAGCGCAAAACUCGUGUCAUCAGGCGAACUACCGAGCCGCACUUCAAACAAACGCUCAAGUAUCAGGCGAGCGAGGCGCUAGGACGCACUCUAGUGGUGAUGCUGUGGCAGCGCUGCGGCGGGUUCGAGCAUAACCUAGCCUUGGGAGGUGCCGAGAUUUGUCUCGACAAGCUCACGCUCCCGCAGCGCACGUACGGCUGGUACCCACUGUUCCCCGCCACCUCCUUCGCCAACGACGAGUCGCCCGACUGAUCCAGGGAGCCGUCGCCGGAGCGCCGUGAUGACAACUAGCGCACCUCGACGGCUCGAUACGUUCCAAGAUAUGAUUGUAUUUAUCUCCGCCGUGCAUGUUUAUUAUAUAUAUUCGCCCACAAUGCU